AUGCCCUGCUGCUGCAGCUGCAUGGCAGUGAUGAUUGGGAUCAUGAGCACGGUCUUUCUGAUCGUUUCGGGCUUGUCCCUGACCAUGACGGCUGCCGCUGGGCACUGGUGGGAGAAGGAGGUGAUGUACCAGAUCUAUCCACGCUCUUUUCAAGAUGCAAACGGAGAUGGUACCGGCGACCUGAAGGGCAUCGAACAGAGGUUGCCAUAUCUCAAGGAGCUCGGCGUGGGAUUCGUUUGGGUGUCGCCCAUCAUGAAGAGUCCGAUGAGGGACUUUGGUCCGGGCACUCGGGGAGCACACGGUUACGACAUCAGCGACUUCCACGACAUCGAUCCCCUCUUCGGCUCCAUGCAGGUGGGCACCGGUGCCAGUGAAGUCGAGGACUUCAAAGAAUUGGUGGCUGCCGCCAAAGAGGCGGGCAUCAAAUUGCUGAUGGAUUUUGUUCCCAACCAUAGCUCCAACGAGUCCAAAUGGUUUAUGGAAUCCAGAUCUUCCAAGACGAACUCGAAGCGAGAUUGGUACAUUUGGCAUCCAGGUGUCGACGUCAACGGCACGAAACAACCCCCGAACAACUGGGCCUCAAACUUCGGUGGCGGUCAAGGCUCCGCAUGGACCUUGGAUCCCACCACUCAGGAGUACUAUUACCAUGCCUUCGGAGAGUUUCAGCCAGAUCUCAAUUAUCGAAACCCUGAAGUGGUGGAGGCGAUGAAAGAAGUCCUCCGCUUCUGGUUGAACUUGGGUGUUGGCGGCUUCCGCAUCGAUGCAGUGCCGUUCCUGUUGGAAGAUCCUCAGCUGCGCAACGAGGCCUUCAACGCAACCUGCGCCAAGACAAAGUUUGCCUAUUUCUGCAUGAAUCACACUUACACGCAGAACGAUCCGCAGAACCAUGAGAUCAUCCAGGGCUGGCGACAGACUGUGGAUGAGUUUGACGAUCGGGUCAUGUUCGGAGAGAUCUAUGCACCACUGGACGAUUUGAUGAAAUACUACGGCACACCAUUCAAACCCGAGUUCAACGUGCCCUUCAAUUUCCAGAUCCUGGGUCAAGACUUUGGAUCGCCCAAUGACCUGCGCAAUGCCUCGGUGGUGCGCAACGAAGUGGCGAGCUAUGCAAGCGCGUUGCCGGACUGGUGUCACGGCAACUGGGUAUUGGGCAACCACGACAACCAUCGCCUGAUGGAAAGACUACACAAUGACACCCGCCUGGCCAGUACAGUGUACAACUUCUUCAAUCUCCUCCCUGGCACGCCAGUGAUCUACCAAGGCGAUGAGAUAGCCAUGCGGGAUCUCUACAUUCCGUACUCGCUGUGUCGAGACCCGAUGUGUUUGAAGAAUCCCAAGACGUUCUUCGUUGAUGGACGAGAUCCGGAGCGAACUCCCAUGCAAUGGACUCCAGGCUGGGCGGAACCUUGUCACAUGCGACGGGAAAUCAAGCCGACAUGA